UUCAGAUUAUCUGCGAUCUUCUUUGUUUGCGUGCGUGUGUGUGUGUGUAUGUGUGCGUGAGCCGCUGAUAACGCAGCUGAUCGGGCGAUUCCACCGAGAGUGCGUUGGUUCCAAGUUUUCGACUCGAUUCGAGGAGUGCCCGGCCGCAGAGCAUGGCCAGCAAUUCCCCCACGUCCCAGCAGUCCAACAGCCAGGCCACCAGGAUCACCAGCGACAUGGUCAACCAGCUGCAGUCGUCGCUGGAAGCGAAGGUGGCGGCGAUUCCCAGUGUGCCCCAGUGGCGUUCCCCGCAGCUGAUGAUCGUCUUCGAGGACGGUGAUCUGCACUCAGCGCGCCAGCAGUUGCUCCAGUCGCUGCAGAAUCCCUUUGCCGAGGGAUCGGUGGCCACCUUGCUGCUGCAGGAGAGCAUUGCCGAUCAGUUUGUGGGCCUUGUGACCCAGGAUCUGCGUCCGUUGUCCCAGGAGGUGUCCAAGCAUCCGACUUACGUCAACACGUUGGCCAAGAUCGAUCAGCUGAAGGCCAAGACAGUCCAGGGCGAAAGCCUUAAGGCGGGGGAAUCUCCCAUCUUGGUGUACGACUGCGUGCACAGCUAUCUGGGAAGUGGAGCCACCGGAGUGGUGACAGUGCAUACUUUCCGCACAGCCAAGGAGGCCGGCGAGUUGGCCAAAAGGGAUCCCCUGCCCUAUGGCCAAGUUAGCCUGUGGAACGAGAAGCUGGGCUGCGCCUACGAACUGAUACCACGACUGCCGAGCAACAUUGUUGCCAUUAACUGCUUCAAUCCGGACGUGGACCCCAUUAGGGACUCCUUUGCUGCCGACCGCAACGAUGUCCUUCUGGCCAAGAACUACCACUAUGAAUCCCUGGUGGUGAGCGGCAAGCGGAGGAUCGUCGUGUUUCCCGUGGGCACCAUCUUUGCCAACUGAAGAGCGGCAGUUCUGGACUAUUCUGCACGAUCAGGAACGAAACACAACCAGGUGCUCUUUUAGCCAUACUUUAAAAUACCUCUCUAAGCAUUUACACAGUUCAAUUGGAAUUAUGUCGAACUAAUUUCGAGUUAAACAACUAGCCUUAAAACGUUUGGAUAAAAAUAUUCAAGUGGCUACAUUUUCAUAGAAACUAUCUGUUUUGGAAACCAAUUAAGUUGCCACCAUAAUAUUCCAUUUGAAUUGUAUGAAGGUCCUCGAGUCUGAAUUGUUUUUUAUACUCUGUCAAUAAUUGUCCACUGAAAAAUCUUAA